AUGGCGGGGACCGGGGAGGCAGCAGUUGGAGACACAGCUUCAGGAUCCCUCGUCCUCCACUCACUCCACCAGGACCGUGAAAGCGUCCGGGGAGUGCGGGGCCUGGCUGGGGACGGCGCGCAGACUUGGAGGAGCACCCUUGGGGACUGUCCUGUGCCCUGUGUGGCUGUCUGUGGCUGGAGGCAGGUGUUCUGGGUCCAGGUGCUCCUGGCAGCCCUGGUGGUCCCACUCCUGCUUGGUGCCACCCUGACCUACACAUACCGCCGCUGCCAGCUUUGCAAGGCCAUAAUUCCUGCAGGUGAAGCUGGGGUGGAGGCCCUGACCCCCCUGCAGGCCACCCACCUCUCAGCCCCGGACAGCAGCCCCACCCUUCUUGUAACACCCAGCAGCAGUGAGAAGGUCUGCACCAUCCAGCUGAUAGGCAGCAGCUGGACCUCUGGCUCUCCCCAGGCCCAGGAGGCCCCCUGCCCGGAGGUGACAUGGUCCUGGGACCAGCUGCCCAGCAGAGGUCUUGGCCCGCCGCCCCCGCCCUCGCCGGCGCCCCCUGCAGGCUCGGCGGCCGCCAUGCUCCAGCCGGGCCCGCAGCUCUACGCCGUGAUGGACGCGGUGCCCGCGCGGCGCUGGAAGGAGUUCGUGCGCACGCUGGGGCUGCGCGAGGCGGAGAUCGAGGCGGUGGAGGUGGAGGUCGGGCGCUUCCGCGACCAGCAGUACGAGAUGCUCAAGCGCUGGCGCCAGCAGCAGCCCGCGGGCUUGGGCGCCGUCUACGCCGCCCUGGAGCGCAUGGGGCUGGACGGCUGCGCCGAGGACCUGCGGAGCCGCCUGCAGCGUGGCCCGUGA